CUCGGGGCAGGUGUAGCUGCCACAGUGGGACGACACCCUGACCCGGCAUGGAGAGAGGCAAGGGGCCUAGACUCAGAGAUUUUCUGAGUGGGAGCCUGGCCACCUGGGCCCUGGGACUGGCAGGGCUGGUGGGGGAGGUGGAGGAGCCAGCAGGAACAGAGGAGGAGGAGGAGGAGGAGGAAGGGGAGGAAGAGGGAGAGAGGCCCUUUUGCCCAGAGAAGCGCUUCCUGCGGCUCAGCGAUGGGGCCCUGCUCCUCCGGGUGUUAGGCAUAGUUGCCCCCAGUUCCCGAGGGGGAUCUCAGAUGGUCAGAGGCCAUGACGGACCUGCAGCCUGGCGGGUGUGGAACCUGAGCCACCUGUGGGGCCGGCUAAGGGACUUUUACCAGGAGGAGCUGCAGCUGCUGAUCCUGUCGCCACCCCCAGACCUUCAGACGCUGGGAUUUGACCCCCUCUCAGAGGAGGCAGUGGAGGAGCUGGAAGGCAUACUUCGGCUGCUGUUGGGGGCCUCUGUGCAGUGCGAGCACCGGGAACUCUUCAUCCGCCACAUCCAGGGUCUCAGCCUGGAGGUCCAGAGUGAGCUGGCCACCACCAUCCAGGAGGUGACCCAGCCUGGGGCCGGUGUGGUGCUGGCGCUGGCUGGACCCGAUCCUGGGGAACUAGGGACUUUUGAGCUGGAGAUGCAGUCCCGGAGUCUGAUGGGGACACUGUCGAAGCUGGUGCGGGAGCGUGAUCUGGGGGCCCAGCGCCUGGCCGAACUGCUGCUGGAGCGGGAACGGGCCCCCUUGCCGGCCGAGGCUCCAGCGAGGGCUCCAGGGGAGGGUCCCUCGCACCAUCUGGCACUGCAGCUGGCCAAUACCAAGGCUCAGCUCCGGCGCCUGCGGCAGGAGCUAGAGGAGAAGGCCGAGCUGCUGCUGGACUCCCAAGCCGAGGUGCAGGGCUUGGAGGCUGAAAUUCGAAGGCUUCGCCAGGAGGCCCAGGCGUUGUCGGGACAGGCCAAGCGGGCGGAGCUGUACCGCGAGGAGGCCGAAGCGCUGCGGGAGCGGGUGGGCCGCCUGCCCCGCCUGCAGGAGGAGCUGCGGCGCUGUCGCGAGCGGCUGCAGGAGGCCGAGGCCUGCAAGGGCCAGCUGCAGGAGGAGCGGGUGCUGUCAAGGGCGCUGGAGGCCUCAAAGGCGCUGCUGGAAGAGCAACUGGAGGUUGCCAGGGAGCGCUCCGCCCGACUGCACGAAACCCAGCGGGAGAACCUGCUGCUGCGCACCCGGCUGGGCGAGGCCCACGCGGAGCUGGGCUCUCUGCAGCAUCAGGUGGACCAGCUAGUGCAGGAGAACGUGGAGCUGGAGUUGGAGCUUCGGAGGAGCCUGGAGCCACCUCCUCCUCCAGGCUCUCCUGUGGAGGCACUCCUGCUGGGAGCAGCGCCCUCUCUGCAAGAUGAGGUGAGGGAGGCAGAGGCUGGGCGGCUGCGGACAGUGGAGCGGGAGAACCAGGAGCUCCGAGGCCUGCUUCACGUGCUACAGAGGCAGCUGGAGGGCCAGUGUCCCCUGCUGGAGGAGCAGAGCAAGGACUCCAUGCUUCCUGUGCUUGAUGCCUCUCCAGGGACUCCACUGGCCUCAGACCACAGCCCACAAGGCUUGGUUUGCCAGACAGAGGGUGAAGGCACCCAGACCCUGGAUCUUGCUCCCUGUGCAUCAGAUUCAGCCCUCAAGUGGUCAUCAUCUGAGUGUCCCCUGGCAUCUGAUUCAGACCAGGAGGUGAUGGAGGCUGCCCUAGCUGCCCAGACCUCAGACAUAACCGAAGACUCAGACCCUCCUGAGGAGACACAGAAGUCCCUGGAGAAGACUGGCCACAGAGCUUCUGUCCAGACCUCCCUGUCCAUGACCUCACCUGAGAGUCCAGAGAUCACAACUGAGGUGCAGCCUGUGCUGGGAGAAGAGACUGGAGACAGAAAGGCUUCUCAAGGAACGUCAGCACCUGAGGCCCAGCAGGGCCCCAAACACAAGCCUGGAUCCUCAGAGCUCAACCCCCAGCUUCCUCUGGAGGAACAGGAGACUCUGGACCAGGGGCUGGACUUGUCCAAGCGACAGACAGAGGCUGGAAGGCAUGAACACAGGCUAGAGGGGAUGGUUGGGGAGUUGGCCCCUCAAAAACCACAACAGAAGUUGGAAGGAGUUUCUGAUGUUCAGGCCUUGGAGGAGCCAAUCACGGGGGGGACCCUGGCCAGUGGUUGCCCCGAGCAGGAGGACCUCAGGGAGGAGGUGAUGCGGCUGAGGAGAGAGGCUGUGGUUCUUGGGGCUGAGCUGGAAGCCCAGGCCCAGAGGCUGGAGACCAGAGGUGCAGAGGUUGCGCGCCUCUCAGAAGAGCUGGGCCAAGUGCGGAGGACAGAGGCUGAGGCCCACCAGGAGGCAGAGGCCCAGGCCCGAGAGCUGGCCCGACUGCGGGAGGCAGUGGAGGCAGCUGGCCGGGAGCUAGAGGCUGUGUCCAGGGAGCGGGAGGCCCUGGCAGAGGCGUUGGCAGCAGCAGGCCGGGAGCGGAGGCAGUGGGAGCGAGAAGGUCCCAGGUUGCGAGCCCAAGCAGAGGCUGCUGAACAGCGGAUUCAGGUGCUGGAGAUGGAGGGCCGAGGCCACCUGGAGGAGGCUGAAAGUGAGCGCCGGGAGAAGCAAGCCCUCGGGGAGGAGCUGGAGAAGGCUGUGGUGCGGGGCCAGGAGCUGGGGGCCCGGCUGGAGCAUCUGCAGCGGGAGCUGGAACGGGCAGCCCAGGAGCGCCAGGAGUUUCUUCGAGAACAGGAGAGCCAGCAUCAGAGGUACCUGGGCCUGGAGCAGCGACUGGAAGCUGAGCUGCAAGCAGCAGAGACCAGCAAGGAGGAGGCACUGAUGGAGCUCAAGACCCGGGCCCUGCAGCUGGAAGAGGAGCUGUUGCAGCUGCGCCGGGGCCCUGGAGGACAGGGGCCCGAGGGCCAGGCUGAGCCUCAGACCAUGAUGACCCAGAGUGGGCGGCUUAUCGAGGUGGAGCGAAGUAAUGCGACCCUGGUGGCUGAGAAGGCGGCUCUGCAGGGGCAGCUGCAGCACCUGGAGGGGCAGCUGGGGAACCUGCAGGGCCGGGCGCAGGAGCUGCUGCUGCAGAGUCAGCGGGCACAGGAGUACAGCAGCCGCCUGCAGGCCGAGAAGUCAGUGAUGGAGAUUCAGGGCCAGGAGCUGCACAGGAAGCUGGGGGUGCUGGAGGAGGAGGUGCGGGCAGCACGGCAGGCCCAGGAGGAGACCCGAGGGCAGCAGCAGGCUCUGCUGCGGGACCAUGAGGCCCUGGCACAGCUGCAGCGACGGCAGGAGACUGAGCUAGAGGGACUACUGGUGCGACACCGAGACCUGAAGGCUAACAUGCGCACCCUGGAGCUGGCCCACCGGGAGCUGCAGGGCCGGCACGAGCAGCUGCAGGCCCAGCGGGCCAACGUGGAGGCGCAGGAGGUGGCCCUGCUGGCAGAGCGUGAACGCCUGAUGCAGGAUGGACAUCGGCAGCGGGGUCUGGAGGAGGAGCUACGGAGACUGCAGAGUGAGCACGACAGAGCCCAGAUGCUCCUGGCGGAGGUGUCCCGGGAGCGAGGGGAGCUGCAGGGCGAACGUGGGGAGCUGCGGGGCCGCCUUGCACGGUUGGAGCUGGAGCGGGCACAGCUGGAGAUGCAGAGCCAGCAGCUUCGUGAAUCCAACCAGCAGCUGGACCUGAGCGCCUGCCGGCUGACCACACAGUGUGAGCUGCUGACGCAGCUGCGGAGUGCCCAAGAGGAGGAGAACCGCCAGCUGUUGGCCGAGGUGCAGGCCCUGAGUCGGGAGAACCGGGAGCUGCUGGAGCGUAGUCUGGAGAGUCGCGAUCACCUGCAUCGCGAACAGCGCGAGUACCUGGACCAGCUUAACGCCCUGCGUCGUGAGAAACAGAAGCUGGUGGAGAAGAUAAUGGACCAGUAUCGAGUGCUGGAGCCUGGGCCCCUGCCCCGGACCAAGAAGGGCAGCUGGCUGGCAGACAAGGGUCCCCUUCACCGGCCCCCAUGCGACGGGCCCAGAGCUCCCUCUGCCUGCAGGAUGAGACCCUGGCAGGUGGGCAGCGGCGGAAACUCAGUUCGAGGUUCCCUGUGGGGCGAAGCUCGGAAUCAUUUAGCCCUGGGGACACGCCCCGACAACGAUUCCGACAGCGCCGGCCAGGCCCCCUGGGAGCACCCGGUGCCCAUGGCAAAGGAUCUGGCGUGGAAUGGGACGGUUCCACUGAGACCCUCCAGGAACAUGAAACAGAUGCCAAGGGAGAGGGCCUUGAGGAGCCGGAACCCGAGAAACGUCUCCUCACCCCUUCCCUCAGCCAGUGACGCCACAAGGACAGGGACCUUGGGAGUACAGUCCUCUCGCCACUGGAGUGUCAACUGUGGCCCCAGGCAGCCCAAGGCCUCAGGGAGCCAUGGUGCCCAAGGGGAAUCCUUGGACAAAGAAGCCCGGACCACCAGAACCCCCACAGCCCGCACCAUUGCCCCAAGAUGGAGCUGGGGAAAGCUUGUGAACAGGGGGGAUGGGCGAGUGACUCCUGGCUGGGGCUCUGGCUCUGCCAUACGGCCAUUAGUGAGGAGGUGGUCUCUGGGGGAUGCCCCAACUGCAGGCUGGCAGAAGCGGCAAGAGAGCCCCUUGCCCAGUUCAGACUGGGAGCCAAGGCCCAUUCCCUGGGGUCGGUGACUUGGGCUUGAUGUCUGAGCCUUAGCUGGAAUGUGAGGGACACAAGAAUAAAGCUGGAAUAGGCAA